UGUAGACCUUGGGCGGAUGUACAAUUUGGUAUCCCGGAUCACUGAUGGAUUGGGAGAGCUGAAGAAACUCCUGGAGACGCACAUAUACAACCAGGGCCUUGCUGCUAUAGAGAAGUGUGGAGAAGCAGCUCUCAAUGUAAGAACUACAAUGGAUUUAAUAGUGAAAUGUACACAUUGUGUUUUACCCAAAGGUUCACAUCUUUAUUAGAAUAAUCUGAGACAGUCCUCUCUCCAGUUCACUUGGGUGAUCCUUGACUGUAUUGUUUUCAUUUAUUUCACCACAGGAUCCCAAAAUGUAUGUCCAGACCAUCUUAGACGUCCACAAGAAGUAUAAUGCUUUAGUAAUGUCAGCGUUCAACAACGAUGCUGGUUUUGUUGCUGCUCUGGAUAAGGUAUGUUCAUAUUUUUCUAUAUUUUGUGGUGUAAGAUGUUUUCAGACGGUGUCACACUUACACACACUUACACUGUUGUUGUUGUUCUUAACUUUGAACACCCAUUUUUCUCUUUAAAGGCCUGUGGGCGCUUCAUAAACAACAAUGCUGUGACCAAGAUGGUGCAGUCGUCCAGCAAAUCCCCAGAGCUGCUGGCUAGAUACUGUGACUCUCUGCUGAAGAAGAGGUGCAUCUCUGCUCUGGCACAUUCACUCAAUACAUAACUCCGAACCACAGUUUGAUAUUCAAGUCUACGUACGCCUGAGACCAGUAGCCUGCACUUCAGUAUUGCUAUGGACAUUUGUUCUGAAAUGGUUCACAUUGACUAGAGUCAAUACGAAGUCUACUCUUCUUGUGGUUUUACUAGACACUGCUAACAUACAAGAGCAGGAUGUCUGAUUUUAAAUGAAAUUCUUUUUUUUUGCACAGCUCAAAGAACCCAGAGGAGGCAGAGCUAGAAGACACACUAAACCAAGUGGUGAGUUGGAGGACUGCUUUUUCUCAAAAGUGUUCAGCUGCCACACUGGUACUGCAUCUUAUACAUUAUCCUGGUCGACAGGAUGAAAAGUGGGACUUCCGCACUGCCUGCCCUCCAUUGCAGACCCAAUCUCCUCCCACUCCUUCAGCCCGAUGUUGCAUUUUAGUUGGUUUACGAGACCUGGUCUCUAUUCACAACUCUCUCUAACUUGUAUGUGUUAUCUUCCCUAGAUGGUGGUUUUCAAGUACAUAGAGGACAAAGAUGUGUUCCAGAAGUUCUACGCCAAGAUGCUGGCUAAGCGGUUAGUCCAUCAGAACAGUGCCAGCGAUGACGCUGAAGCCAGUAUGAUCUCCAAACUAAAGGUACUAUACCACUAAAAUUGAGUUGACCUCCUCAUGACAAUGUUUUAAAUUGGCCAUUUUCAAUGUGAUAUUGACAUUACAUUGUGAUUGGUAACUAGUGGCAGUUUAUUGAAGUACAAAUCUGUAAGAUAUUCUCUGGUUGCUAAGUCUUUGGACUGUGUUUUACCUGGGAUCCCCCAUGUCCUAAUGGUAUGUCCUGCCCUCUUUCCCAACAGCAAGCGUGCGGCUUCGAGUAUACCUCCAAACUCCAGCGCAUGUUCCAGGACAUCGGAGUCAGCAAAGACCUAAAUGAACAGUUCAAAAAGCACCUCACCAACUCUGAGCCUUUGGACUGUGAGUAUAUUUGUCUGUGACUCUGAAAUGCAGUGGGACAUUGUCCCCAUUCUGGGAUUAAUUAUGUGAUGACAGAAAGGAGUUUCUUAAUCUCGGAAACCUGGUUACCUGGAUUGAGUUAGUAGGGCCCUGGAUUUUCCUAACCAAACUUUAAAACAAUCACAUUGUAUUAAAUAACUAUUGUAAGAAGAUUGCUGAUCUGUUUUCUGUGUGUGUGCGUUCCAGUGGACUUCAGCAUCCAGGUCCUCAGUUCUGGUUCCUGGCCCUUCCAGCAGUCCUGUACAUUUGCUUUGCCCUCUGAGGUGAGACACUCUAACUGAUCCCCUCCACAGUGACCCAAUUUACUGAAGUUGAUCCCUGUUUACUCACUGUUUUCUAUUUUAUUCUCUCCUACCCUCAUUCAGCUGGAGAGGAGUUACCAAAGGUUCACGGCCUUCUACGCCAGCAGACACAGCGGGCGCAAGCUGACCUGGCUCUACCACCUGUCCAAAGGAGAGCUGGUCACCAACUGCUUUAAGAACAGAUACACUCUGCAGGUGAUUAAAGGUGUUGUCUCUCUGAUCAGAUAAGAUACGAUUAUUUCCUUUCAGACUCUCACGUUAGGGAUUUUCAUCAACCAUCACUGUUGAACAAACGUACUGGUGUGUGCUCACUAUAACACUAAAAAAAUCCAGAAAUCAACAAAAUGCACGGAGCUGAGUUGCUCUGCUGUUGAAUGGUUUUGACGUAUUCCCUGUUGCUCCUCCUGUCCUCCCAGGCUUCUACCUUCCAGAUGGCCAUCCUAUUGCAGUACAACGCUGAAGACGUCUACACAGUGCAGCAGCUUGCUGACAGCACGCAGAUCAAGCUAGUGAGUACUGACAACUCAAUGGAAUCUAGUUGGCUACAGACAGUCAGAGACCAUUCUCUUUUAUGGAUGGUCUUUCAAAGGAAGACGUUAUGCUGUGAAGGGAAUAUACACUGAGUGUACAGUCGUGGUCAAAAGUUUUGAGAAUGACACAAGUAUUGGUCUUCACGAGGUUUGCUGCUUCAGUGUUUUUAGAUAUUUUUGUCAGAUGUUACUAUGGUAUACUGAAGUAUACUUACAAGCAUUCCAUAAGUGUCAAAGGCUUUUAUUGACAAUUAUAUUAAGUUUAUGCAAAGAGUCAAUAUUUGCAGUGUUGACCCUUCUUUUUCAAGACCUCUGCCCAUUCUUGCAUAAUCAAUGCUUGGAUUUUGUCAGAAUUUGUGGGUUUUCGUUUGUCCACCUGCCUCUUGAGGAUUGACCACAAGUUCUCAAUGGGAUUAAGGUCUGGGGAGUUUCCUGGCCAUGGACCCAAAAUGUCGAUGUUUUGUUCCCAGAGCCACUUAGUUAUCACUUUUGCCUUAUGGCAAGGUGCUCCAUCAUGCUGGAAAAGGCAUUGGUCAUCACCAAACUGUUCUUGGAUGGUUGGGAGAAGUUGCUCUCGGAGGAUGUGUUGGUACCAUUCUUUAUUCAUGGCUGUGUUCUUAGGCAAAAUUGUGAGUGAGCACACUCCCUUGGCUGAGAAGCAACCUCACACAUGAAUGGUCUCAGGAAGUCUUCGACUCACUGUGCGUGCAGAUGCACUCACACCUGCCUGCUGCCAAUCCUGAGUAAGCUCUACACUGGUGGUGCCCCGAUCCCGGAGCUGAAACAACUUUAGGAGACGGUCCUGGCGCUUGCUGGACUUUCUUGGGCGCCCUGACGCCUUCUUCACAACAAUUGAACCUCUCCUUGAAGUUCUUGAUGAUCCGAUAAAUGGUUGAUUUAGGUGCAAUCUUACUAGCAGCAAUAUCCUUGCUUGUGAAGCACAUUUUGUGCAAAACAAUGAUGACGGCAUGUGGGGUGGUGCAACUCAAUAUUAGGAAGGUGUUCCUAAUGUUUGGUAUACUCUGUGUAUAAGCUGAAAGCAACAGUCCAGUAUUUGCCUUAUACAUUGCCUGUUUUGUUUUUGUUCUCCCCAGGACAUUUUGGUGCAGGUGUUGCAAAUCCUGUUGAAGUCUAAAUUGCUGGUAGGUUUUAUGCCUCUCUUAUUAUCAGAUGAUCUACCAAAAACUCCAGUUGCUAGGGAGCUAACUAUUCUGCAUUGUGGAUUUUUUCUGAAAGUUUCAACUUUGACCCAAGCAAUGUUCUGUUGUCCAGGUCCUGGAGGAUGAGAAUGCAAAUGUGGAUGACGUGGAGUUCAAACCAGACACCUUAAUAAAACUCUUCCUGGGAUACAAAAAGUGAGUGAUUACACACGCCAUGUUAUCAAUAUAGAUCACAAGCCUACAAAUUGUGGAAAACAGAUAUUCAAAAUUGCUAUGCUGUUACUGUACUGUAAUAGAUUCCAUGAACUGUUGCUGAUAAAUUUAGAUUUGAAUCUUUACAGCAAAAAACUUCGGGUGAACAUUAACGUGCCAAUGAAGACCGAGCAGAAGCAGGAGCAGGAAACCACUCACAAGAACAUAGAGGAGGACAGGAAGCUGUUAAUACAGGUACACUGUACAUCACGCUAUUCAAUUUUUUUCCCCCUGAUCUAACUCACACACUACAUGCUGCCACUGUCAACAUCACUCACCUUGUCAAGCACUCAUUCAAACUCACAAAAAUCUAUGUCUAUUGUCUAACGUGCACAAACAAUCUCUCUGGUCUAGAAUAUUAAUGCAGGAUCAUUUUGGUCUAAACCUGCUGUGUUCUCUCUCUACCCUGCUGUAGGCUGCCAUUGUGAGAAUCAUGAAGAUGCGUAAAGUGCUGAAACAUCAGCAACUCCUGGCAGAGGUGCUGAACCAGCUGUCAUCCAGGUUCAAACCAAGAGUCCCAGUCAUCAAGGUAAAUUAUGCUGUAAAUUAGGCAGCAUUAGAUGGCAAUUUACCUUACCCCAGAGGAUUUCUUGAAACCACAUACUGUAAAUGCAACAUCUGCCAUGGUAGGAAUGGGCUUGUUUGUGUCUUUCAGAAAUGUAACAAAUCUAUACUCUGUUUUAAAAUUAGUGUUAUUUCCUGUAGGUUUAUGGAAACCACUUUCUGUAUGCAACAUCUGCCAUGUUAGUAAUGGUCAUGUAUGUUUGUCUUUCAGAAAUGUAUCGACAUCCUGAUAGAGAAGGAGUACCUGGAGCGUGUCGACGGAGAGAAAGACACUUACAGCUACUUGGCUUAAAACCUUUUCAUUGUUCUCCACCUUCCUUUCUUUUUUAAAAGUUGUCUCUUGAGUAAUAAACAUCAUUCGUUUUGACAUUUGGCCAAUGUUGUCAGGAAUGCGAGCACAGAAGGAGAAAAAGAAAAAAUCAUAAAAGAAGAAAAAAGUUGUCUGAAUCAUCAAGGUGGUUGCUAAAGCUGGACUUCCCUUUAAACUCGGAGAUUAUGGGAUAGCUGCUCGCCCAGUGUUUGUUUGAAGAUCCCAUCUGAACUGCUCAGGAUCGACAGAUACAUUUUGAUAUGUAAAUAUGGACAGAGACCUUUACCCCUUUACCUUUAUCUUGCAAAGUUAAUAACAUACAAAAAAACAAACAAUCAAAACCCUUCACAGCGAGGAUUGCAUGCUACUGCGUAUCUGCAUUUAAGAAGCAAAAAUAUGUAAUAGACGAGAAGCUAUGAAGACACUGCUGCUUUACGUGGCAGUAGCAAAUUAAGAACCUAUGUUAAAAAAAAGAUGAGUGCAAUUUUAGCUGCACCUCCAGAAAGCGAUCUGUGUUUGAAAAAGGCCAUUAGAAGUGUAAUCUGCAUUGUUACCUGCUACCAGAAAAACAUUUGUAUAGUGUGGUUCACUUUUUUUAAAUGUGUGGUAAAUAAAAUUAAAGGUUUCUGUAUUCCCGCUGAUGUUUUUUAUUCCUUCAAAGCUGAUGUGAACAUUGGGAUGAGAUGUGUUAAAACAUGCAUCCCAAUUCUGUUUUCACUAAUUGGUCUUUUGACCAAUCAGAUCAGCUCU